AUGAAGAGACAAAAGUGUUUCUACUUUAAUGAUGAUGACGAGCCAAAAAAGAAAAAAUUUAAUGCCGAUCUAGACUCUUUAAUUUUAGAUACAAAUCCGGAUUGCAUCGAUCACACGAGUUCUCCUAGGUUCAGGUAUCCAACGGAGGUGGGGUUCUUCUCGUUAGACUCAGAAUCUAAUUUUCGGGACGAUAACUCAUCUCUCACUUACUUGUACGGCAAGCGCCUCAAAAAUAAAAAGUUGAAUCUCGACCUGAAAGUGGGGUAUGAUACGUUUGUCGGGAAAAAAGAAAAUGACAUUCAGGGAUUAGGUGACAUUUUCAAAUGGAUCUCGCUGCAUCCACCAUUCAAUACACUAACGAAAAAAGGUGAAAAACUCAAAAGCCUGCAGACAGAUUUCAUAUGUUGGCGGGGCCUGCUAAGGAAAUUUCUCUGCACCCCAUAUGAAUUGAAUGAGAAUUGGUUGAUCAUAGUUAGGAAAUUCAAAGGUACACAUUAUCUCGUUGAAAUAAAAACCGAUGAGAAGAAGCAAGAGGAAAGAGAACAGACUACCAGACUGAAAGAAAUGUCAUAUUGGGGUUUCAAGUUUGAACAGUACAUGACUACUGAAAAGCCGGAUGGCAAGCCAGUAACCAACGUACCAGUCAAUAACCACAAGCAAUUUGUAUCUGUGUUUUUGGAGGAGAAAUUGAUUGCAAAGAAAAUAAAGAUGACCAGGUAUAAGUUGCUAAAAUGGUGGAGUCAGUCGAUUUUGAUCGGGGUGAAGAAAAUAGUGGCUGGGUUUAGAGAUGACGAUGGAAUAGUGAGAGAGGUUACUAAACUGUACACAAAAAAUAUUCCAGAUCAGUGUCAGAGCAUUCGCAACGCAUGGAAUCCCAAGGUGUGCUUCAAUUUUCUAGAUAAGCUCUUAGAUUUCAUCAGAGAAAAUGUCACUGAUGAAAACAGAUCCUACAUGUUUGAGUUUGAGCCAGGCAAGAAGAUUGUCAAAUGUUUCCAUCUGCACCAAGAUCAGGCUAAAGAUGGCAGUGUUACUGCUAGUAAUACAAUUACUACUACUGCUACUGAAACGUCUACUACUGUUACCGCUACUACUAGUACUGCUGCUGCUACUACAGAAGAAUCUGCCAAUGUUUCUACAGCUGCUGCUACUUCUGAUACUAUUGGUAAUGACGGUGCUUGUAGUAGUAAUAGUAAUAAUGACAAUAAUGUUGAUGAAAAUAGUGAUGAUAAAAUGAAUUAUGCGAAGAUUGAAGUUUUGCCUCAGUGGUAUAGAGAUUUAUUUAGGAAAUAA